CUACUCCCGACCCGUCCUUACCCAUCUGGUUUGCGGCCGCCGCGUCCCUGGUUCGUUCGGGCCUCGCGCUGCGGCUACCCUCUCCACCUCUCUCCUCCACCCGCCGCCCCCGCGAGAGCGAAACCCUAGCUAGGGUUCUACCCGCCGCCGCCGCCCCCGUCGGCUAGUGCUCGCGCGCUCUUCCACCGAGCUCGCUAUGGAAGCCGGCCGCAAGCGGGCCGCGCCCGAGGGCGCCAACGGCGCGGGCGGCCCCAAGCGCUCGAGAGAAUCGGAGACAACUCAAAUGGGUGUAGGAAGCAAAUCCAAGCCGUGCACCAAAUUUUUCAGCACUGCUGGUUGUCCCUUUGGUGCAAGUUGCCACUUUCUCCACAACUUCCCUGGCGGUUACCAGGCUGUUGCAAAGAUGACCAACUUGGGAGGACCACCUGUUCCGGCUCCUCCUGGAAGAAUGCCUAUGGGACCUGGUGCUCCUGAUGGCCCACCUUCACCUGCUGUGAAGACUCGCAUGUGUAACAAGUACAACACUGCAGAAGGAUGUAAAUGGGGGAGCAAAUGCCACUUUGCUCAUGGAGACAGGGAGCUUGGAAAGCCCAUGCAGAUGGAAAACUCAAUGGGAGCUCCUCCAAUGGGACCAGGGCCCAACGGUCACUUUAUGCCCCCACCAAUGCCUGUCCCAGACAUGGUUCCUCCAUCAACAUUUGGUGCUUCAGCCACAGCCAAGAUCAGUGUGGACGCGUCACUUGCUGGUGCUAUCAUCGGGAAGGGUGGUACCAACACAAAGCAUAUAUCCCGUGUGACUGGUGCCAAGUUAGCCAUCCGGGACAAUGAGGCCGAUCCCAACCUUAAAAACAUUGAGCUCGAGGGAACAUUCGACCAGAUCAAGCAUGCUAGCGCAAUGGUCACGGAAUUGAUUGUCCGCAUCAGUGGUAAGGCCCCUCCACAAGCCAAGAACAACCCCGGCAGGGGUUCUCAUGCCGGGGGCCCUGGAAGCAACUUCAAGACCAAGCUGUGUGAGAAUUUCAACAAAGGCUCCUGCACGUUUGGGGACAGGUGCCACUUCGCCCAUGGUGAAAGUGAACUGCGCAAACCUGCUGCUGCUUGAUGGAUAUUCUUGUUGCCUGUUGUGGUUACUCUGCCCAUGUAUGGCUGAAUAACACCAGAACUGUGCACAAUCACUCAUGUUGAAAUGUGCUGUGCAAGCCUGAUUCUGCCUGUGCUUCUUACUAUGGCUUGUAUUGCUCGUGCUGCUGUAACUGUGCGAUAGAGAUUCAGAAUGACCGUCCACUAGGAUUGUAGGAUUACUCUAUUUUGCUCUCCCUACCCUAUCCUGCCUCCUAUUUUUGUACCUUUUUUUAGGCACUUGUGGCUGGCGUAUUAUUGUGAUUCCGUUGAGCUGAGAACUGUUGAUCUUUGCUGAUACCAGUAUGUUGAAUUUUUAGUCCGUUUCA